AUGGAGCGUGUGCCGGGAUCGUUCGGCACGAGCGCCAGUUUCGCUCUCCGUUUCGGCCAAAUCAUUUUCUCUGCCGCUUCUCUCAUCUUCAUGUGCUUCGAUUACGAUUUCUAUGACUUCACCACCUUCUGCUAUUUGACGACAGUGAUGGCUUUUGUAACUCCAUGGAGCAUCUCACUUGCACUCACCGACACAUACUCUGUCCUAGUAAAACAACUUCCUCACGAAGCAAGAGUUUUGUCCAUCGUCGUCGCUGGUGAUUUCGUACUGUCGUUUCUGUCACUGGGAGGGGCUUGUGCUGUGGCAAGUGCAACGGAACUGCUACUGUCAAUCGAAGCACCAAUCUGCGGAGAUAACCUCUGUAGUCAUUACCAAGUCUCGGCUACAUUGGCCUUCUUGUGUUGGUUUCUCUUACUUUCUUCUGCUCUUUUCAAUCUUUGGAGCUUACCUUCUUUAUGA